AUGGAUUCAUCAAGACCAAAUGGAAUUAAUUCGAACAUCAGCCCACCAAAGGCGGAUUUCAAUGGUUCGGGAAGAAACAUGGCAGCCAGAGCGAACAUUUUGAUUCAUGAGAUGGAUGAAUAUUUCGAAGCCGCAGAAUUGACAAACAAAGUUAAAAUGAAGUACAUCUUUUCCAGAGCUUUGAGCGGUGUUGCAAAAAAAUGGUACGAUCAACAUAUCAGAUUAGACGAAGAAUACGGGGAGAAAGAGUAUGAGCAAAUUAAGAAGACAUUUUUGGAACAUUUUGCACCAGACAAUGCUUUUCAAAAGGAAAGUUCAAAGGACAAGUUUUUCAAACUCACCCAAACAAGAGAGGUUCAAUCAUUUGCAGACGCUUUAUUGACGAUUGCUAUGGAGAUUCCUAGUUAUUCAACCAACAACGAACUCCUUAUAGAUAAAUUCAUCAGUGGACUUAAUCCAAAGGUCAGACAUCACAUGCACGCAGUUCCAGAUGGGUCACAUUUCGAAAAAUAUUUAGACGCAGCAAGGGAAGCAGAGAAAUUUUUGAAAUCAGAUCCUGUUUACCUGGCAGAGUUGAGUGCCAUGCAAGGAAACAAUAAGAGACGUAGAGGCAAUUAUGGAAACAACAAUCAAUACCAUAAUCAAGGAACAAGUAGAAAUGGAUACACCAACAAUGACAAUAGUGGAAGAUACAAUAAUAAUUACCAGGCAAACCAACGUGGAUAUUUUGGAAGAGGAUCUUACAGAGGCCGCGGCUAUGGUAGACGCGGGUACGGUGGACCAAGAAGAGGCCAGAGUUACAGAGGCAAUUAUCAUCAGAAUGGUCAGCGCAACUUUUCAUACUAUGGUUCACCACCACCUCAAACGGGUACGAAUCAACAGGGCUAUGCCCAGGGGCACUUGCAGCGUAUAGAAGCACAAGAUGCACUAACAGAUAACUCAGAAGACGUUGAUAUGGAACAAGAGAAUAAUUUAAAUGCGGAGAGUCAAUAG